UUGGGGUAUGAGCUGUCCUCCCCGCUGGAUCUCCAAUAGGUGCGAGCGACGCGACAACCGCAGCUCAGCUAACCUUCGAACGAAGCAAUUAAUAUAAUACACAACCCCGAACCAGUCUCUCAUCUUUGUAAGUAAAGAACCACCGGAAACUCUUCAAUCAUCCACACCAUCGGCCAAACAGAAGAAGACCAUGAGCUUCUCCGUGACCAAGCUGGCUCCGGCCCUGGUUGGCCCCUGCGAGCCCACACCUUCUUCCGCCAACCUCCCCCUCUCCCCGAUCGAUCGGGCCCCUGGCAUGAGGCGCCUGAUCGACUUGUUCCUCGUGUUUGGGCCCGGUCAGCACCCGGCAAAGGUCGCGAGGAAAGCUUUGUCCAGGGCCUUGGUCUCCUACUACCCCGUCGCCGGCCGGUUCGUCGUGUCCGACAAUGGCGAGCUCAGCGUGGCUUGCACCGGCGACGGCGUAUGGUUCGUCGAGGCAUCGGCAAAUUGCAGCCUUCAAGAUGUUAACAAUCUCGAUCGCCCUUUCAUGAUCCCAAAGGAACAGCUCAUCCCCUGUCCUCCACCUCAAGUCAAGCAAGAGGAUGUGUUCUUCAUGCUGCAGGUCACAGAAUUCGCGUGCGGAGGAUAUGUGGUCGGCAUCAGAUUCAAUCACGCAAUUUUUGAUGGAGUCGGAGUAGCUCAAUUCCUGAAAGCCAUUGCGGAAUUGGCCAGAGGUCUUGCACAGCCCACCGUCGAGCCAAUCUGGUGCAGGGAGGCCAUUCCCAACCCACCCAAGCUCCUGCCCCAGGGACCUCCGCCGGUCUUCAAACCUUUAGCCUUGGAGCAGAGCAUAUUAGAUGUAUCCCUGCACCGUAUCGACCAGAUCAAGGACCAAUUCACGAGCGAGACGGGCCAGAAAUGCUCCAAGUUCGACGUCGUGAGUGCGUUGGUAUGGCGUUGCCGAACCCGAGCGAUCGAUUUGGAGCCCCAGGCCGACGUCCACCUAGCGUUUCCGGUGAGCACCCGUCGCUUGUUGCAGGAGGUGCUGCCCGAGGAGGAAGGUUACUACGGCAACUGCGUGUAUCCGAUGGCAAUUACAGCGCCCGGCGAGAAGAUAAAGAACGCGUCCAUGGUUGAGAUCGUGAGCUUGGUCAGAGAGGCUAAAGAGAGCGUGCCGGCGAAGUUCUCGAAAUGGGUGAAGGGAGACCCCAAGGAGGGGCCGUGCAUGGUGCCGCUGGAAUACGGCUCGCUUUGCGUGACGAAUUGGAGUCGGGUGGGGUUCUACGAGGUGGACUUUGGAUGGGGUGGACCGAUCCGAGUUGCUCCAUUGACUGAGGACGACCUCGUCCCUUGGUGCAUCUUGCUCGAGUCCCCUGCGCCCAUGCAAGGCGUGCGAUUGCUGCUGCGAUGCGUCCUCAAGGAACACUCGGAAGCAUUCCAUGAUCAAAUCAUGAGCUUGGUCUAGCAGUGUAUCUCGACCCAACGAUUGAGAUUUUCCUUCAAAAAAGAAUCGACAAUUGAGAAUCCUAUGCGUUUGAACCUUCCUUCGAGAAAAAAAAAAAUUGGAGAGCUUGUACUGCUCGAUCGUGACUUUUUGUUAUGACUGUGAAGUUGACGAAUAGAUAUUUCUUGGUUAUUUGCUUUUAAA